CUCAUUAAGACGCACAACCUGCUGCCCAGCCGGAACUACAUCUUUGGCUACCAUCCCCAUGGCAUUUUGUGCUUCGGGGCUUUCUGUAACUUUGGGACGGAGGCCACAGGCUUCUCCAAGAAAUUCCCUGGAAUUAGGCCCUCCCUGGCAACCCUGGCUGGAAACUUCCGGAUGCCGGUGCUGAGGGACUAUUUGAUGUCUGGAGGCAUCUGUCCGGUGAACCGAAACUCCAUCGACUACAUCCUGUCCCGGAACGGAACGGGCAAUGCCGUGGUCAUUGUCGUUGGGGGAGCGGCAGAGUCCCUGAACUGUGCUCCCGGCGUGAAUUCUGUCACCCUGAAGAAGCGCAAGGGAUUUGUGAAACUGGCCCUGCAACAGGGGGCUGACCUGGUGCCUGUGUAUUCGUUUGGGGAGAACGAGGUCUACAAGCAGCUGAUCUUCGAGGAGGGCACGUGGUGGCGGCUGGCUCAGAGGAGACUGCAGAAGCUGAUUGGGUUUGCGCCCUGCUUGUUCCAUGGCUGCGGCCUGUUUCUCGACGACACCUGGGGCCUGGUGCCUUACUGUAAACCCAUCACCACUGUUGUUGGGGAGCCCAUCACCGUGCCUAAGAUCGAGGAGCCCAGCCAGGAAGUGGUGGACCAGUACCACGCCAUGUACAUCAGCUCCCUGGUCAAGCUCUUCGACAAGUACAAGGUCCGCUUCGCCCAGAAGGAUAGCGUCCUAGAGGUCCAGUGA